GCUGCCGCGCGAUUCCUGGGAGCGUGAGCCAGUUCAGCGAAGGCAGGAGCCGGUGGGUAAAAACGGGAGAGAGAGAGAUAGCCUAAGUCUCGAAACAUAAGCCGAAAAAAGUACGAGGCUUGGCACGGUGUUAUCCUGAGAAAUAAACGUUAGAAAAAAGAAAACUAUUUGCUUUUACCAGCAAAAACUGCUAAAGCUGCCUGCCGCAGAGCGAGACAACCGGCAGCGGCUGGAGCGGAAUGGUAGGCUAGUUGGUGCGGCCGGUGUGACGUCAGAGCCGCCGGUGCUGUUCCCAGAAUAGACUUCUAGGAAACGAAGAAAUAACCUACUGAUCGGAUCUUAGUCCUAAGGAUUCAAGUAACAGCAUGAUUCUUUGUUUACCAGGUGCCAGAGCUCCUCUGCCCGCAGCUCCAUCCACUGAAGCCCCACGGGGCAUGCGGGCAGGAACUGUACCUCCUACUCCUUGCCUUCAAAGCACCCCUCCGCUAUGGGACCCUACGAAGGACCUGCGGGCGAUUGCCAGCAACUUCUGCUAUCUGGAAAAUUCAGAAUGGUACUGGGGAGCUGUAACUGCAGCUCAGGCCCAUGCUGCACUUCAAGAGGCAUCUGAAGGAGCUUUUUUGGUACGAGACAGCAGCCACCCUCUGUACAUGCUGACCCUCUCGGUCAGGACUGCACGUGGCCCCACCAGUAUACGGAUCCAGUACAACGGCGCACAGUUUUUGCUUGACUCCAGCUCCCCGGCCCGGCCCAGCCUGUCGUCAUUCCCCAACGUGCCCAGCCUGGUGCAGCACUACAUGGGACCAGAGAGGAAAGCAGAGGAGGGUAAGGUGGUGGAGGAGGCCCCUUCAAAACCCUCUCAGCAGACAAUUCAGGAGACAUCUGUGGUGUUAAAACUAAAGCGGCCUGUGUACAAGCCCCAGGGCCUCCCCUCCUUACAGCACCUCACACGCCUGGUCAUUAACAGGCACUCUGACUGCCCCGACCAGCUACCACUCCCGAGGCCUCUGCUGCGUUACAUACAGAACUAUCCCUUCAAGGUGUGAAGGGUCUCUCAAGUCCAUCAUUAUGACUUAAAGGAAAAAAACUGUCAAACAGGUCCUUUGUGCCUGUAAAUGACAUGGCUGCUCCAGCAGUUGGAGGCCAGUCACGAGUAUACUGGGCACAGGGUCAUGCUGUUGCAUGCGGACGAAAAAUGUACAAAUUCAGUUAAUACUGAUGUGCCUGGUUUCAGACUUACUUUGUCGAGGACUGGGUGGUGAAGAAAAAUACGACUUGUGAGCAACCAUCAGUACUGUAAUCACUUAUUUCCCGACGGAUGUGGAAAUUGUCGAUGUCUGUUUUAACCUCAUCAGUUCUGGAUGUACAUACUGUUCCUAAGAAGUACACUGAUUCCAUUGAGACAUCUUUUGCGCCUUUUUAUUUUUCUCAGUAAAACAUUUUUUCUACCUUUUACAUAUGUACAUUUUUCUAUUAAAAUAACCAAUUAGAGUCUCACUUGCUAUCCUUUCAAU